GAAAGAAAAAGAGAGGCUUGUGAAAGAAAUAGGACAUGAAUUCGAACAAGCGUUGAAUAACUCCAAUAUGCUUGGCAGACGUUUAGAAGAAGUACUAGGCGUUGGCAAGGAGUUCAACACGAUAGCUGCACUCUGGGGUGUAUUUGGGAAUAUAGUCGGCAAAGACACAAAGGAGGAUGACAAUGAUAGCAGUAGUAGCAUCAUUCAUCAACAAGGUAUACCCGGAACUGGCUCUGUAAAUUAUUUGUAAUUUAUUUCUCUUUAUCAACGACUACGAUGGCAGCAAAGACAGAUUACGAACUUAUUUAUUGGCCUAUCCCUGGUAGAGGUGAAUUCAUCCGUCUCUGUUUUGAACACGCUGGUGUUUCCUAUGUCGACACACCAGGCGGGAUAGAUCAAGUUAUGGAGUACGUUUCAGGAGAUGUUGAUAUUGGCAACAACAACAUAGCAUUCGCAACGCCAAUCUUGAAAGAUAACACGAAUGGUGUUGCAAUUGCCCAAACUCCUGCUAUAUUACUUUACCUUUCCACACGAUUGGGGUUAUCAUCCGAUGACGAAAUCCAAAAGAUUCAGAUUCAUCAACAUGCUUUAACAGCAUUGGAUUUAUGUUCUGAGGCGCACAACACCCACCACCCAAUCAGUGCGAACUUAUACUACGAAGACCAGAAAGUCGAAUCAGAAAGAUUCUCUGAAUCUUUCCGUAACGAACGUAUUCCAAAGUUUCUCACACAUUUUGAGACAAUUUUGUCUAAGAAUUUGAAAGCGCAAAAGAAAUAUCUCGUCGGCGAUCAUAUAACUUAUGCUGAUUACGCACUCUGGCAAGUUAUCGAUGGUUUGAAAUUCGCUUUCCCAAAGAGAAUGCAAACUCUCUUGCCUGAUUACAAGAACAUCAAUGCUUUCUACGAUAACAUCAAAUCACAAGAUCACAUGUUGUCUUACCUCAAAUCAGAUCGCCGUUUGCCUUACACAGACGGUAUUUUCAGACAUUAUCCAGAGUUGGACGCAGAGUAA